UAAAAUACUCAGAAAUGGAAGCCGUGUGGAAAGAGGCAAAAGGCAAAAUGACCCAAAUGGAUUAGCGAUUGUGGUGUAGAGGGGCAACGAGAAUGCUUAUUGGCAGAACAAAAGAUUAUGUAUAUUGGCGGUGAGGAGAGAUAAAAGUGCAGUGAAAGGCGUGGAAAAUUCUGCAAGUGUAAUGGCGGAUUGGCAAUUAACCGGGGGGGGAGUUGUAGGAGGAGGAACCCUUGGCAGUGGGGGUGCAGGAGAUGCGGAUGUGGUGGUGAACAGCAAGAGACAGAGGAGACCUAGUGUCAGAUUGGGUGAAAUAGGAGAUCAAUCUGCUGCAUAUGCAUAUGACACCACUAAGAGAAAGAAACAGCAGCUGCAGUGGAAUCAGACCUUUUUUCCCAGAUAUGCUCCAGAUUACCCACCUGGUAAGUUAUCUAAAACUAGACCUCUUGUGAACAUUGGUAGUGAUGGGCAGGUGGUUUUGGAUGAAUCCAUUGCCCAAUUUGGAUAUAGUAAAAUGCAGUUGAAUCCCAUGUGUGUUAGUAAAAAGAUCAGGCAUGGUAGGACUCGCAGGAAGGGUGUAGGGCUAGUUGGUAAACAAGUACAAUCUGCCACAAGGGCUAUGAGGGUUAGUCCUGAUAGUAAUAAUAAUAAUGAGGGUAAUAAUCAAAAUGGGCACGACAAGGGUUCGGGAGAUGAAAAUGGGUUUGGCGCAUCUUAUGAUAUUGAUACCCCAGAUGGGUUCAAGGACUCUGAUCUGGAUACCUCUGGAAGUCCCACCAUGAAAGAAACUUGUACUAUUCAUCUUGAUUCCCCUGAUUCCACCAGGCCUGCCAAUUUGGGUGGCUCAUCUGAGUGCCAGGAAGUAUCCGAAGGGGGAACAUGGGGAGGUCUAAACAAGAAGGGUGGGGGAUCCGCAGAAUAUGGGAAUGAUAUUGUAAAUGAAGGGAUGGAUUUACCAUCUGAUGUAGAUAUUAGGUCUAAUAAGCAGGAGGGCGGUGCCAAUGGAGGCGUUUUGAUGAGGGGAGGUCUGAAUGGUGGAGUGGGGGUUGGGGAUGUGGAUGAGAAGUUGAUGAGUGCCAAAAGGUAUUUUGCGCUUGCAAGGGAUGUUAGGUCAUGGCUGGGUGGGCUUGGAUUGGGUAGAUAUGCAGAACUCUUCGAGAUGCAUGAAGUUGACAAGGAUGUAUUGCCAUUGCUAACUUUGGAUGAUCUGAGAGAGAUGGGGAUCAAUGCUGUUGGGGCUAGGCGUAAGAUUUAUUCUGCAAUUCAGAAAAUUGGUAAGCGCUUUCCUGUGUGAAUUCACUGUUCACACUUCAGAGAGCAUGGAAUCUGACUGUAUGAGGCAGACAAGACAAUAAAGCUUCUGCUAUCAAUGAUAGGAAGCUAACAAAUGCCUGAAAGUAGUGUUUUUCUGUAAAUGAAGCACCUGUAUGUAUAUAUAUGAAUGAGGUUUUCUUAUUUGCCUGUUUAGUUUUCUUUUUCUUCGUCUGUAGGUGAUAUCCUUGACAGACAUUUGAGGUGCUCACCACCAUACAUGCAUUUUCCUUUUUCUAUGUGGGUCUGAAUGAAAUCAAUUCAAAUCACUAAGUGUUGUUAA